AUGGCUUAUCGCAUGACUGGACCAGCCCCGGAGCUUGCUAUACCUCCACGUACACGAUGGGUUAACUCCAAGCUUCGUCGAAGCAGCGGAGCUUCAUUUUCGUCGGUCGACAAUGACAAUCAUGGAGGUGCUUCUUUGAGAGACAACUCCAAGACAAUUAUUUUUGAUCGACCUCAUACGCCCAAGAACAACCAGCAGCCGGGUAGAUUCACCGGUACUAGCUAUGGCAACUACGACAACAUUGCCAAUCCUAGCCAGCAGCACAUGGCUUCACCUGGUGACAUUCCUAGCGAGACAACUCCGCACAGUAAUAUGUCGCCAAUUGUCAACCAUCUCAUCGAUACGUAUAUCAGCGGCCAGGCUUCUAACGCCGCUGAUAAUGAGCUGUUUCUACGAUCUCCUGGAACACCGGGUCAAGACACAAUGUCACCUACAGUCUUCUUGAGCCCUAGUGCAUGGAUCUCCCCUCAAGGACGAAGUGAUAGCAGCACUUUGCAAGCCAUUGAUACGCAGUUCCUUGUCGACGGUAUCUGGGGUGACCAUAUGCGACGAGAGGCUAAGAGAGCCAAUGAUGCGAUGAAUUCUCAUAGCAAAGGACUCGGUAAUGUCACCAUGGGCCAAAAAGAGCGCAAUGGCGAAUACGGAACAAGCUCAACGUCUCACCAAGUUUUCGGAACAGGCCAACAGAAUGUCGACCAAUAUGCUCCGAGCAGCAAUGGUCAAGCUGAUACUACCCAGAGAAUCCACCGCCCAAGUAGACGAGACAGCCUCGCUAGAAGUGCUCGAGCUAUGCAGCCUAUUCCUGAGUACACAGAACUUAGCCCGGUGUCAGUCGCCAAGAGCUCCUCAGCUGGCUCGAUCGUUCCACCUACUCCAUCUCGUGCCCAUACAACCGGCAUGAGCCCCCAAUAUUCUCGACAAACGCAAUCUACUGGACUGAUUGUCACGAGACCUGAUCUUGGGCCAUUGCCCUUCGAGCCCGUUCCAAUUUACGUCCAGGAAGCUCGCUCUCAGUGGCUCAACCUAUUGACGGGAGUUGAUGGCCACCCCUCUCCGCAGUAUAUUGCCAUUCCUCUUUACAUGCCGUUUAAGAACCCAAGUCGGGACAUCAUUCAUACCAACUAUGGCGUCGUGAAGAUUACCAAUAUCCCCUACAAUGUUUCCCGCGCUGAAAUACUUGCCUUCCUCGGCCGCAGUGCUCGUCUCGCUCCCGACAGGGACGAGCCUAUCCAUAUUGUUAUGGACCGCAUUAACAGUAAGACCAACGACUGCUACGUUGAGUUUGAGUCGCUUGACCAUGCUGUUGCUGCCGUGAACAAGCACACCAUUGCGGCAAAGAAUAACGACCCCCAGCAGCGCAUCGGAGGCCGCAAUGUUUAUUUGUCGGUUUCCAGCCAAGGCAGCCUCAUGAAGGCUUUGUUCCCCAUCGCUAAGGGUGUUGAUUGGCGAAUGAGACCCUAUGCAAUUACUCUUGAUUCCCGAUUCAGCUGGGAAAACUUCAAGUGCUUUGUAUCGGCAGAAGAACUAACGAUGCUAUCCAAGCAUAUUGAAUAUCCCGACCGCACUUCAUUCGCAAACAAGUGCCCCGAGCGAGGAUACGAAUCUAUGAUCAGCAUCCUCAAGAAGAUGCCUUGGUUCAUGCCUGAAUGGAUCACUGUCAAGGAGCGCCACAUGAUCUACGAAACCACGCUGAAGUUGAUCAGCAUUUUGAAGACCGAUCUUGAGGAGAAGCCGGGUCAGAUCCGUAAGACCCCUCAGCUGCUGAACCGACUUGUCAAUGCAGCCAUGACUUGCCCGGGCUUCACUGUCAAUCAAAAAGACAACAUCGGUUUUGUUAUGAACCUUGACGAGAGCGACUUGUAUCGCUUUGGGCUACCACGAUUGCCCCAUAUGUGGGCACACCAAUACUCCAUCUGCACCAAGGCCAAUGCUCCCGCCGAUGUCAUUGAGUACUACAUUGCUCUCAUUCGCGAAGAGACCAAUCGCGUUGUCAGCAGCUUAGGCAUCAAUCGCCGACAACAGUUGCAAAUCGAACAAGAUCAGACCUCCGACUAUUGGGGUUACUUCUGGUGCGAAGUGGGCUACCCUACUGGCCCAAGCUUUGACAACCUGUCUCUCGCUCGUCUUGCCGAGCUUGAGUGGACUGCUAUGGAGCGGAUCCUCCAUCGGGCUAUAGAGGGAGGUCCUACUCCCGUCUACUAG